AAGAGUCCAUGGUUAAAUUAAGUAACAUGUGUCGGUCCACUACUUGAUCAAAAAAAAAAACAAAAACUUUGUCGUUUUUGUAUAUUCUCUCUCUCAAAUCAACAAAGAAGACUCCUGAGAUGUGGUGAAAUCAGAUUAAAAGUUUACACCUUUAUCAUCUCGAACAACAAACCACAGCCUCAAACACACAUCUAGAGAGAGAGAGAGAGAGAGAUCUUGUCUUGUUCUUGUUCUUCAGUCAUGGGUUUGGAGUACGAUCAAGACUCGGGAUCGUCCACCCACUCCUUACCCUCCCUCCGAUCAUCCUCCAACUCCCUCUACAUCCCACGAGAAGACACCCCACUCCUCGGCCCACGAACCCUCUCCUCCCAGCCCAAGACCUUCGCCAACGUCUUCAUCGCCAUCGUCGGCGCCGGAGUCCUCGGCCUCCCUUACACCUUCAAGAAAACCGGAUGGCUCCUCGGCCUCCUCACCCUCUUCUUCGUCUCCUCCCUCACCUUCUUCUGCAUGAUGCUCCUCGUCCGCACCCGCCGCAAACUCGAAUCCCUCUCCGGCGGCUUCUCCUCCAUCACCUCCUUCGGCGACCUCGGCGAGUCCGUCUGCGGCCCCGCCGGCCGCCUCCUCGUCGACGUCUUGCUCGUCCUCUCUCAGGCGGGGUUCUGCGUCAGCUACCUGAUCUUCGUCGCCACCACCAUGGCGAAUCUCCUUAGUCACGGGACUGAGAUUCUCUUGGGGCUUGAUCCGAGUUCUGUUUACAUGUGGGGCUGUUUCCCUUUCCAGCUGGGGCUUAACUCGAUUCCCACGCUGACCCAUUUGGCUCCUUUGAGUAUAUUCGCUGAUGUUGUCGACGUGGCGGCUACUUUGGUUGUUAUGGUUCAGGAUGUGUUCAUCUUUGUUAAAAAGAGACCUCCUUUGAGACUAUUUGGUGGCUUCUCUGUUUUCUUCUAUGGGUUGGGUGUCGCUGUGUACGCCUUUGAAGGGAUUGGAAUGGUACUUCCUUUGGAGCUAGAGGCUAAGUACAAAGACAAGUUUGGGAGAGCUUUAGGGCUAGCAAUGGGGCUAAUCUCGAUCAUGUACGGGGCGUUUGGGCUGCUAGGGUACAUGGCAUACGGAGACGAGACGAAAGACAUCAUAACCACGAACUUGGGGACGGGUUGGGUGAGCACUCUUGUUCAGCUUGGACUAGCGAUCAACCUCUUCUUCACGUUCCCACUCAUGAUGCAUCCGGUGUAUGAGGUGAUAGAGCGGCGUCUCUGCAGCUCUAGCUACUCCAUUUGGGUCCGUUGGUCUACCGUGCUGGUGGUCACACUCGUCGCCCUGCUAGUUCCUAAUUUCGCGGACUUCUUGUCUCUUGUUGGGAGCAGUGUCUGUGUGGUGCUUGGGUUCGUUUUGCCGUCGCUAUUCCACUUGCAGGCUUUUAAAGAGGAGCUGAGCGUUGGGAGGAAGGUGGUGGAUGUUGUUAUUUUCAUCAUUGGUGUUGUUAUAGCUGUGACUGGGACGUGGACGGCUGUUAUUGAGAUCAUGACAUCCAAGGACUGAAGCAUUUUUCUCUUUCAUUGAAGAAGAUUCUUGUUAGCAGUAGAAAACAUGUUAUUUCGUAGAAAACAUGUUAUUUCUGUUGCCAUUACCUUCCACUUUUGUGUUUUUGUUUUGAGUCUUUAUUACUAUUUUUGUAAGAAAGACACUUGAAGAGAUAACCAAAUAAGACAAGUAUUUCUUAA